AUUAGAGCUCCAUUAAUCUUACUAUAUUAAGCUUAUUUUUAUUUUUAUUUUAUUUUUUAAAAAUUUUGUAUAAUUAUUUGUGUGUACCUUUUUUUUGUGGUUGGGUCAUUGUCUCAAAAAAUAAUUAUAAAUACAUAAAAUAGUUAAAUGGGAGGAAAAAUGAAUAUAUCAGUAAAUGGGCAAUCAAGGGUACCUCCAGGAUUCAGGUUUCAUCCUACAGAAGAAGAAUUAUUGCAAUAUUAUCUAAGGAAGAAAGUUGCUAAUGACAAAAUUGACUUGGAUGUCAUUCUUGAAGUUGAUCUUAACAAGCUUGAACCUUGGGAUAUUCAAGAAAGGUGCAAGAUAGGAACCACACCACAAAAUGAUUGGUACAUAUUUAGUCACAAAGACAAGAAGUACCCAACAGGAACAAGAACGAACCGGGCCACGGCGGCUGGGUUUUGGAAGGCAACCGGGCGAGAUAAGGUAAUCUACAGCAACUGUAAGAAGAUUGGUAUGAGGAAGACACUCGUUUUCUACAAAGGAAGAGCCCCUCAUGGUCAAAAGUCUGAUUGGAUCAUGCAUGAAUAUCGACUUCUUGAUGAUACCAACAAUGACACCCAUGUUACAAGUCUUAGAAGUGGAGAUUUUAUACAAGAAGAAGGAUGGGUGGUUUGUAGAAUUUUUAAGAAGAAAAACCACAUUAAAACCCUAGAUAGUCCCAUUAACCCUUCAACCAUACCAUCAUUGGAAACACAACCAUCUACCAUGAUUGAUUCACCAUGUGAUGAUCAUGAUGAUCAUGAUCAAGGGGCCUUGGAGCAAAUAUUUCAAUUUAUGGGGGGUAAAUCUCAAAAACACAAAAACAAUACCCAACAAGAAGUUGAUAAGUUCAUGAAACUCCCAAACCUUGAAAGUCCAAACACUACCACUCUCUUCGUAGCAAACUACUACAACACCAUACCUGAAAACGACAUCAUUUCGAUUGCAAAAACUGAAACCGAUCCCAGCUCAGUGUAUAACUCGCCAGAUCCAACACUGAGUGGACUCGAUGACUGGGCAACCUUAGACAGACUCGUUGCAACUCACUUAAAUACUCAAACCACUGAUCAUCAAGAAACAAUAGCAUCCAUCUUUUCACCAUCAUCAACUGAUCAUCAUCAUCAUCAUCAUGAUCAUAAUCUAGAUGAAUUACAACCGUUCAGAUCAUCAUCAUCAUUAUUAUCAGAGGAGAAGAUAUUCCACCAUAAUAAUCCAACACUGGAUAAUUAUGGCGGCAGCAAUGAGAUUGAUUAUUUGUGGAGUUUUACUAGAUCAUCAUCAUCAUCUAUGGGUAUUGACCCAGUUUGCCACGUGUCAGAUAAUGGUAUAUAACAGAAUACUAAGUAAAAAAACAUGCAAUCUUAAUUAGGAAUGAUUAUGUAGUAUUAAUAUCAUGGCAUUAGUGGUAAAAGUCUUAAAGGGUUAUGAUCAUAAGGGUAAUUAUUAUUAUAAUAAUAAUAAUGUGGUUUAUUUUAAUUUUACAAUA